AGUUUUUAUGAAAACACAGCCGUAAAUCGUCGUAAACAUUCGUGGCCUAAUCCUAUUUCAGCUGUCAAAUUUUUUAAUAAACAUCUGAUUAAUUUUGCAUGUUCUUUUCAGCAAGCUAGAUGCUAUGCCAGUCGACAGAAGGGAAGGUGCUCUACUCGGCGUUCUGCUUCUAGCAGUUCCUGUUCAGUACAUUAUCUCCCAGUGGAUGUCCACCACAGAAUCUCAGCGAAGUUAUGCCAUUAAAAACUUGGUGGAUGGGGCCGUAGAGUUCAAAGAGGAGUUCCUAUCUUGGCGUUCCUGGAAGACGUGGUGUGCCCGUCUCAUUCACAACAUAUCACCCUAUAGUACAACCCCAUUUUUCGAAGGUCAAGAUGACCCCAAUGGGGAGUCCCCGGCAGUUGAAGUUAUCAACCAUCUUGAUCCCAAAGGAUAUUUUGCUGGGUCCCCAGAGCCACGUACAAUACGACCCCCGGAGGUCAAAUAUCGAAUAGGACAAGUGGUGAAACAUACAACCUGGGGAUACCGUGGUGUAGUCAUUGGAUGGGAUGAAUUUGCUAAGGCUCCAGAAAACUGGUUAAAACACAAUCAUGAGAAAGGAAAGGAGCAUUGGAAGACUCAGCCUAACUAUGCAAUAUUGGUGGAUACUCGAGACAGGCUAGCCCCUCAGAUCACUUAUGUACCGCAAGAAAACCUUCAAGUCAUUGUCAAUGUGCAAAUUUUACAUCCAAGUAUAGAGGACUAUUUUGAAAAGUUUGACGGGGCUCAAUACCUACCUAGACCUUGGCUCAAGGCUGUUUACCCGAAAGACAAUUAAAUCAUUGCCAUGGAUAUGGUGAAAUCCUUCUAUUUUGCGUUUUCACUUUCAUAGGAAAUAAGGGUGGUUUUUGGUUUAGCAUUGUUUUCUGAUAUUUCAAAUGUGAUAUGAUUCAAGAUGGGCAGUUGCUCUUUCACCUAAUAAUGUUUUUAAAUAAAUAAUUCUCUGUUUUAAAAGAGAUGAUGUCACAGUUAUUUUGUUAUUUUUAAACAAAUUCUAAAAUGUAUCAAAACUGUUGUGUGAUAUAUUGUUUUUUUGUAAAAGAUGAUACAAAAUCAUUAUUUUUUGUGUUUUAAAGGACAAUACAAACCCAUUUUAAGUAAAAUAUUUCAAUGGUACUGUAUAUCUACCAGCUAGCAACUGUUAUUUCUAAAAUAACAAAAACUUGUCUAAUUCUUCAAUUUUAACUUGGCAUUUACCUGAAAUAUCAAUACCAACUGAAUUAUUAAGCAGGAAAUUGUCAUAUGUAUGGAGUUUCAUUUUUUUCCCAAUAUUUAGAACAUUAUUUUUGUUCAAAGCCAAGCACUUUCCUUUAAAUAUAUAUCUUAAUGUUUAUUUAUUUACAUCUGUAUACAUUGACAUCUGUGUUUUUGAAUAUUUAUGCGAAGACUGCUGAAAUCAAUGAGAAAAUUGUAUAUUUCUUUUUGAACAAGGUGAUUAUUUUAAGCGUAUAUCAUAUUUCCACUAUUUGGUUGUGCAUACACUUCAUAUAAUUAAAAACCUGAUAAGUAAUUACAAUAUCGCAGCAUUUGUCUGGAUGAGUAGCUAUUAUAAAUACUAACAAGUUUUCGGUUUACAGUUGUAUAUUUGCACUGUGUGUAGGACAAACCUAUAAUUCUAAUAGCUGGAAAAUACAAAGAUAAAUUUUGGAAACUGUAUCCAACCUACAGAUAUUAAAAGAAAACUUGUUGUAGUUAUCAAGGCUCUGACUUAUAAUUUAGUUAUGAAUUUGAUGAAAUACUGUCGGUGGUUAGAUUUUUUUUGCAGAUAAAAUUUGAAGAUUUUUUUUAUUACAUGCAAAUGAUUCAAACUAAUAUCAUAAUUUGUUUUUAUCAAGGAGCAUAUAUAUACUUUGUUAUUCUAAUGUUAGCUUAAGUUGGUAAAUACACAUAAACAUACUGUUGGCUUCAUGACAAAGACUGGAUAUUAGUGAUUAUAAUUUGUUACAUUGUACUUCAAUAAGUGUUUAAUGAAAUAUCAUUAUAGUAUGUGUGAUUUGUGGGCAAGGGUCCAUUAUGGUUUCAUAUAUAUAUGUUACUUAUGGUAUAUUUUAUCUCAUGUUGAAGUAAGGACAUCCUGUAUUAGUAUUUUUUGGAGUGUUCUCUGGUAUGCGGUCAACAUGUUUAUCUGACUUUGUUGCAAAUCAAAUUUAAACAUUGAUGUUCAAAAGGAAUGUGUAAUUUAAUCAAUUCUAUCAAUUAUUGAUGAAGUUUAAUUUGACUGUAGUAGAUAAGUCAGUACAGCAUCAGAAAUGGCAAACAAACGUCUGGUAAAUCCAAGUGCCUUAUUGAACUGUUUAUUUUAUAUAAUAAGGAGUGCUUUUGUAAUCUAAAUUGUAAUGUACUUUAUUAUAUUUUCUAAUUAUUUAUAUAUUGUAAGACUGUGUUAUCAUUUAAAUACAGAUGUUGUAGAUAAACCUUGAAAGAAAGUUUAAAUCUAUUGAAAACGAAUCUCCAAAAUUUAACUUAUUUUAAGGUUUUUGUUAAAUUCCAAGACAUGAAAAUGUGUUUGUUUUGUGUACUAGGCGUUUGCCACAUUUUUAUUGCUUUAUGCAUGGGUAUCAAUGUUUACUGUUAUUUGUUGUUAUUAUUUUCUGAAUUUUGUUCAUUCCAUAUUAUUCCAGACAUUGUUGGUGCAUUGUUUAUAGUGAUGCCUUGUUAACAGAGGCAACUUAUUGAAGUUACUGCAUAUACAAUGUAUUUGGAGAAUAAUUUUGACAUUUUAUGUUUUACCUUUUGUUUAAACUGUGUAUGGUAUUCUGUUCAAAACGUUUCUCUCUUGCACAAAUAUAUAAAUGAUUCACUAUUGAUUUUAAAUAGCAUAGUCCUGUCUUGACAUGAAAUUAAUUAUAUUUUGCCAUAGGGUACAGUUUUGUAUACAGAUUUUAAUUAACUUGCUAUAUGACACACACAUAUAUUAAUGUAGAGAAGGUAAAAUCAGCUGUUUAGUCGACGUACAUGUAUAAUAUGCAUGAACCAUGCAUUAGCUAGAUACAUCACACAAUAUUUUGCCAUAGAGUGUUAGUACUUGAUUGAUUAUUCAUCUAAAAUAGUCAGCCAGCAUGACUUGCUAAGUGUUUCAAGACAGAUGAAAAAGUCUGAACAUACUCGUACGAAAACUUAUACAAGACUCUGUUAUGUGGUUACAUUUUGUUUCAAAUCAAAUUGAGAUGUUAAUUUUAAUCCUAUUUGACUAUCUUAUAAAUGUAUUAUUAAUGCUUUUGUUGUUUAUGGUCAGUUUAAUAAAAAUUGAAACUGUGAUUGUGGGUGUUUUGAAAACUUAUUGUUAUAUUUUCAGAAAACACACACUCUUUAUAUACAAAGUAUAUUUUAUAUUUUAAUGUUCAAUGCAUUGGAUAAUUGUAUUUCUAUCUUAGUGAAUGCUACGUUUAUUUGUGAUGAAAUAAUUUGUGGUGAACAUGUUUAACCCAUUUAUGCCUAGCGUCUAGAAAAAAGGCAUUGGCAAACAGCGUAGACCCAGAUGAGAUGCCACAUGAUGCGGCGUCUCAUCAGGGUCUGCGCUGUUUGCUUAAAGGAAUUUGGGUAAAAAUAUUCUAUAUAGAAAUAAAUAUACUAGACAUCCCUUAUUUUGGAAAUAAAUUGAUCCAAUUUAGAUGAAUGGGAGAGUCCACUAGACAUAAAUUGGUUAAAUAAAAAAAAACUAGUGAUCCUUGUUUGUCAUCUACUAGUUCUGACCACAGUGGUUGCAGUAAAUAAUAAGUUUUGUGUUUUUGAUAUAAAUAUAUAUUUAAUGGAUUAAUUAAUGAAUGCUUACAAAGGUUUUGUUUAAUAUAAAAACAAUUUGUGAAAACUUAAAUUUGUAUCUAGAUUUUAUGAUUAUUCUAGGAUCCUUUUGGCUAGCUCAAAAUUACUGAAUUGUUAUAAUGUUAAGUAGUGAUUUCUUUAUCUUCUAGUCAUGACACUUUUAAAGAAAUUACAAAUAGUGUUUAUUAUGUUUAAUUUACUAAACACAGUCUAGAUUUACAUGUUUCCUGCAAUUUAUUAAUGCUUUGAGAAGAACCUUUGUGAAAUAUCAAAAGUAAUUCUUAUUUUUUUAGUGCAUAUAAUCGCUUUUGUAGUUGGCUGUGUUUUCUGUCCUCUUGUUUGUAUAUAUAUGUUUAUUUAUUGUUAUAAAUGUCACAUUACAGCACUCAAAUAUUUUCUUAUGCAAUUAAUAAAUCAUGUAUGAGAUGAA